AUGGUUUUUGGAUCUUUAGGAAGCAUGCUGACUAAAUCCAAGGGGCUGCGACUUUUCUGGUUCUUUUUGACAGACUUAGGGUUAUUGUCUGAAAUGGCAUCGGUAUCUAGUCAGCCGCAGUUCCGUUACACUCAGCCACCGUCAAAGGUGCUUCAUUUGAGAAACUUGCCAUGGGAGUGCACAGAGGAGGAACUGAUUGAACUUGGGAAGCCGUUUGGAAAAGUUGUGAACACGAAAUGCAAUGUCGGGGCAAAUAGAAAUCAAGCCUUUAUUGAAUUUGCAGAUUUAAAUCAGGCCAUUGCAAUGAUAUCAUACUAUGCCUCAUCAUCAGAGCCUGCUCAAGUACGAGGGAAAACUGUAUACCUACAAUAUUCAAAUAGGCAAGAAAUAGUGAAUAAUAAAACGGCUGCGGAUGUUCCUGGGAAUGUAUUGUUGGUAACGAUUGAGGGUGCAGAUGCACGUCUUGUCAGCAUUGAUGUCUUGCAUUUGGUUUUUUCAGCCUUUGGAUUUGUGCAUAAGAUUACUACCUUUGAGAAGACAGCAGGAUUUCAGGCACUUGUGCAAUUCUCAGAUGCAGAGACUGCCACCUCUGCGAAGGAUGCUUUGGAUGGAAGAAGCAUACCUAGGUAUUUGCUUCCUGAGAAUAUGGGACCAUGUACCCUUAGGAUCACAUAUUCUGGUCAUUCAGAUUUAAGUGUGAAGUUUCAAAGUCACAGGAGCAGAGACUAUACUAAUCCCUACCUUCCUGUUGCUCCAUCAGCUGUGGAGGGAAGUGGACAGGCUAUGGUUGGUUUGGAUGGGAAAAGACUAGAGACCGAGAGUAAUGUUCUUCUUGCAUCUAUUGAGAACAUGCAAUAUGCUGUAACAUUGGAUGUCUUACACAUGGUUUUCUCUGCUUUUGGACCUGUCCAAAAAAUUGCAAUGUUUGAUAAGAAUGGUGGUUUGCAGGCUCUGAUUCAAUAUCCAGAUACUCAGACAGCUGUUGUAGCCAAGGAAGCCUUGGAAGGCCAUUGCAUAUAUGAUGGAGGUUUUUGCAAGCUUCACAUUUCAUACUCACGACAUACUGAUCUUAGUAUAAAGGUCAAUAAUGAUAGGAGCAGAGACUAUACUAUUCCUAAUUCGCCCGUUGUGAACGCCCAACCCUCUAUUUUAGGGCAACAAUCUGUUCCCAUGAUGGGCCCUCCUGGCCAACCGUACAAUGGGUCUCAGGCUGGAUGGGGGACAGGUCCACCAGCAGUGGUUCAGUCUAUGCCAAUGCAGAUGCACAAUAAUGUUUAUAUGCCACCUGGAAGUAUGCCACAACAAAUGGCCCCUGGAAUGCAAUUUCCAAGUCAUAACGCACCACAACCUACAACAUCAUUGCCCGCAUAUGGAUCUGAUCGUGCUCAAUAG